UGAACUAUAGUAAAGAUGUCUGGAAGAGGAAAGACCGGCGGUAAAGCCCGUGCUAAGGCAAAGACUCGCUCCUCCAGGGCCGGGCUGCAGUUUCCAGUCGGCCGUGUCCACAGGCUGCUGCGGAAGGGAAACUAUGCCCAGCGUGUCGGCGCUGGAGCCCCGGUCUAUCUGGCCGCUGUGCUCGAGUACCUGACUGCUGAAAUCCUGGAGCUGGCCGGGAACGCCGCCCGGGACAACAAGAAAACCCGAAUCAUCCCGCGUCACCUGCAGCUCGCUGUGCGCAACGACGAGGAGCUCAACAAGCUGAUGGGAGGCGUGACCAUCGCUCAGGGCGGAGUGCUGCCCAACAUCCAGGCCGUGCUGCUGCCCAAGAAAACCGAGAAGCCAGUCAAGAAGUAAAUCACUCGGACACCGCUUUUAGAUCUUAUAAACCCCCAAAGGCUCUUUUCAGAGCCACCCACUUUUCCUAUAAAAGCGCAUCGAAUCUGUUUUUGUUUAUUGACUGAAUAAUAUCAAACUGAGAAUUGCAGCAAUGAAUAGUUUGUGUGUUUGGUGCAGCGUUACCGUGUAUCUGUUUUGUAGCGAUAUCAAACCCAGGCAUUGCCACAGCGGGUGCUGCUGACAUUCCCCCCGUUCCUUGGAAGGAAACACGGCGACACAGUAACAAUGUACUGGCUUAUUGUUUCCCAUGGAGCUACAUUGAAAUGCACAUCAACUUGACAAUAACAAAAUCCCUGAAUCCGUUUUACUGUUUCCGAACAAUACCAAGUACUGUAGUGAGAAUUGCAACAAAGAAUACUUGUGAGCAGUACAGCGCUACAGUAUCUCUUCAUACCCGCCACAGUGUAGAGCGGGUGCUGCUGACAUUCCCCACAUCAAUGCCACGUUCCUUACAAGGAGACAGUUCGAUACAAUAUCAAUCCACUGGUUUACUCUGUAUCUGAUCGAACUACAUUGAAAUAUGCUUCCAAUUGGAAAUCCACCUCUCCGUGUUUUAGUUUUUAUUGCGGGUAUAUACACGCAAUCUUGAGUCCAUACGAUUGUCUUAUCAGGAAAUUGUAUUUUACCUUUAUUAUCUUUUUUUUUUUAAUUAUCAUUAAUUAUAUUUUUAAAAAGGAGCUAUUUUCUGUAUUUAUUGGUUUUUAAAUAUUGCUUGUCUAAUGUUAAGAUUUUUAACCUCCUCGCCUUUUAAACACAGUCUGCUUGAUUUGAAUGGAAUGUAUUUCUUAACACUGGGGGUUGGUAAUGUGUUCCCUGAAUGACUAUUUUUUUUAAAAAGGCGCCAACAUCUCGGAAACAAUAACUGCUUAACAGAAUGCGCGCAAAAUUCAAAUGUUCCAAUCAAUCAUCGAGAAGGAGGAAAACAGCCAAUGAGGAGCAUAAACCCGCCCUAAGUGUAGCACAGCCUAUCCGAGCAGCUCGGUUCCUCUAUAUAGUCUCUGGUAUCACCUGCUCCUUUCACAUUGUACAGAUUUUAGUACUGUGCAGCCGAUCUGAAAAAU